AUGCACCUCUUCCCCUUAGCAGCCGCCCUUACGGCGACCGCUAGCCUGGCAGGCGCCUCAUCAGUCCUCCUCCGUGGUGGCACCAUCAUUGGAUUCGACGAGGAGAACAACUCCCUUAACGUCAUCCGCAACGGCUCGCUGCUCAUUACGGACGACCGCAUUACAUCCGUCUACACUGAAGACCAGGCGCUGCCCCGAACAUCUAACGACACACAAAUCGUCGACGCGACGAACAAAAUCAUCACGCCCGGCUUUGUGGACACACAUCGUCACGGCUGGCAAACAGCGUUUAAGACCAUCGGGUCAAACACAUCACUGGCUGAGUACUUCACUCGCUAUGGCGAAUACGCCGCCACUGGUUUGCUGAGCGCCGAUGAUGUCUACAUCGGUCAGCUUGCGGGUCUUUAUGAGGCUCUGAAUGCUGGUGUCACCACGACGCUGGACCAUGCUCAUCACACUUGGUCCAAUGAGACAGCCGAGGCUGGGUUGAAGGCCAGCAUUGACAGUGGCGCGAGAGUGUUCUGGUCAUAUGCCUUCCACAAUGUAACCAACUACACCGUCUCUGAUCAGCUCGAGAACUUUAGGGACAUUGCAACCAAGGCCGAGUUUGAUGGUACUGCCACCAGUCUCGGCGUUGCCUGCGACUUUUUUGGGCCUGACCCCGUUCUUGCUGAUGUCAACGCCGUGGUCGGUCUGGCCAAGGAGUUCAACGUCUCCGUCAUCACCACUCACAGUCUCCAAGGACCUUGGGGUAUCACCAACAGCCCUGAGGAUCUUCACGCCGUCGGUGCCCUCAACAUUAGCAUUCCUGUUGUCUUCUCCCAUGCUUCUUUCCUAACCUACCAGGGUGCUUCGCUGCUACGCUCCACCAACCAGUACAUCUCUAUCACUCCCGAGUCAGAGAUGCACUACGGCCACGCCCACCCGCAUAGUCACCUCAUUCAAGACCAGGGCUCUCUCGGAGUCGAUACUCACUUCACCUUCUCAACCGACAUCCUCACCCAAGCCCGCCUCUGGCUGCAGAGCACUCGACGAUUACUUUACCAGCAGGUUCUCGACCAUUGGCGCAUACCCACCACCACACCCAUGACCGUCAACCAGGCCUUCCUCCUAGCCACCCGUAAUGGUGGUCUUGCCCUGCGCCGCCCUGACUUGGGCGUCAUCACUGAGGGCGCUAAGGCUGAUGUCAUUGUCUGGGAUGGCGAGAGCCCUGCUCUGCUUGGCUGGGUCGAUCCUGUGGCUGCUGUAAUCCUCCACGCCAACGUCGGUGAUGUUGAGCAUGUUCUGGUUGACGGCAAGUUCGUCAAGAAGGAUCGCAAGCUUGUGGUACCUAACUACGCGGAUGUCAAGACGAGGUUCCUGGGGAGCGCACGGAAGAUCCAGCAAACCUGGAAGGAUAUCCCGUUCGCUUCCCUUGAGGGAGAGUUCAGCGCUUCCGGCUCGCCCUACGAGGCACCUUUUUCUGUUGAUGUCCAGGCUGGUGAUGAAACCGGAUACGGAACAAUUCAUGUCUAG